AGUUGCAUAAGGUUUCCAAAGACAACUGAUGGUAUGGAGGCUGUUACAGCGUCGCUCCUCCUUUCAGUCGUGGCCGGUAACGCUGCGUCCUCCCCGGUCUGAUGCAGCGGAUCUCCAGCCUCGCUGCGGGCCUGGAGCUCGGCGGCCUGGCUGCAUGCACACCCGGGGUCUGCACCUGGAAGAGAAGCCUGACCUGCAGGAACAGCAGCAGCAAGCAGCUGGCCGUGCACCGGCUGAGAGCGGGGGUGUGUGUGCGUCCUGAGCGUCCCUUUGGCGCACAGAGUCAGGGGCUGUGCAGGAGGGAUCAUGUGGUGUUUGCCGGUCAUAAACACAGACUGUUCAGCUCGCAGCCUGGAGCUCAGGGCCCGCAGGAGAGCCCCGGUGGUCAGCACGGUAUCUCUGUGGUCGGCUCACCGGAUCCUAUCACAUGGAUCCGGUGUAAAGGAAUCAUGUGGGUCAUUAGGGUGUACUUUGAGAUAGACAUCAUCUCUGCAGAGUUUGACAGAGGAGUGAAGCAGGCUUUUGUCCACGUCUCUAACAUGAUGUCCAGUGGCAGAUACUGGCAGCUGAGGGGGAUAGUGUCUAAGGAGACUGUGAAUUAUAUCGAGAAGAAGUGUCAGCCUCUCACCAAAGAUCAGCAACAGCAGCUGGCAGUCUCGAUGGAUGAUAUUAUAUUUCUGCUGCCGGAAGACGUCUCUGUCGUCUUCGAUCAAUACGGUAGAAAAUUCUGCUUCAUUGUCAUGAGGUUUUGGUUCUUGUCGACACAUGAAGGCCCCGACGACCCCGAGGCCACAAAAAUCUUCAAAGUGACCCCCAGUGACGAUGGCAGCCCACAGAAGAAAAUAGCGACAGCCGUCUAUGAAUUCCAAACAGAGCUGACGUUGGGAGCCUCUCCUGAUUGGACGGUCACCACUAUUUGGCACUGGCAGUGGAAACUGUUGGAGUGAUUUGACUGAAAGCUGCGAGGCUGUCGGGAUACGUCAUCGUACCGGUGAUUGACUGAAUGAAAGACAGCCUUUAACGGGGAUCACAGACAAGCAGAUGAAAGAAGUGUCCGUCUGGAUUACAUGAAGCAGGACUGAGAAACCACGGCGUGGACACUUUGCAGACGACCUCAGUACUUUUACAUGUAUAAAUAAAUCUACUUGAAUGUCCUCCUUUGACCCUCAGAUGCCUUUGAAGCACUCCUCCAGUGAUUUUACACAGUUCCCAGAUUGUCACUUGUAAUACAAGUCAAAGUAGAAGUUUGAACCUCUGAUCUGAUCCACCUGCAGAACACUGCUAGUUGUUGUUUUUUUUCAGCUUACAUACAUGAGCAGAGGUCACUGGAGGAAAAUUUGUAAAACAUAAAUAUUAAUAUUUAAAAUUUUCAAGUAUUUUAAAGUGAGGGUUUUGACAAAAAAAAUCUUCUCUCAUUCCACUCACUAGCUUUUUUGGGGGCUUUCAACUGCAUCUCAUGGUCUUCCUCAAUGGAUGGACUUUCAUUCAAUGUUAUUACGUGAUAUAUAUAUUUAUAACAUGACCCAGGUCCCUACGCCUACUUUAGAUCACAUGAUGCCAACUGAGCCAUCUCCAUGGCAACUGAAUAUCACAGUUGAAAGCAACAGCAAAGCUAGUUUUUUGUUGUUGGGUUUUUUUUUGGCAAACCACAGUUUUCAAGGUGAAGAUGAACUCUGACGCUCAGCUCUGUUAAACCAAUACCUCGUCUGAAUAAACU